CCCCUCCCUCCAGGUUGACACAGUGGGCAGGUACAUAAAAGACAGACCGAGGUUGCCUCUCCUCACUCGCCUGACUGAGACUCCUCCAGCCUGCAGAGACAACACACCAUCCAGACCUCUUCACUCAGCACCAGCACUCCUGCCACCCACCCUGAGAACCACCAGCCAUGUCCUUCAUCGCCAGAUCCUACGGCCCCAGGACCCUCAGCGUGUACGGGGGAGCCGGUGGUCGCGGCACCCGCAUCUCCUCCUCCUCCAGCGGCAACCUCUACGGCUCGGCCGGUGGCGGUGGCGGUGGUGGUGGCGGCUUCAACCUGGCCGACUGCCUGCCGAGUGCCAACGGCCUGGACCUGCACGUGGGCGCCAACGAGAAGGCCACGCUGCAGAACCUCAACGACCGCCUGGCCUCCUACCUUGAGCGCGUGCGCACGCUGGAGAAGGAGAACCACGAGCUGGAGUGCAAGAUCCGCGAUUGGCUCGCGCAGCGCACGGUGGUGUGCCACGACCACUCCGGCCACUUGGUCACGAUCGAAGACCUGCAGGACAAGAUCCGUGCUCUCACCAUGGGCAAUAACCAGAUAGUGCUGGCCAUUGACAACGCCAAGCUGGCUGCAGACGACUUCAGUGUGAAGUAUGAGAACGAGAUGGCCAUGCGUCUGUCGGUGGAGGGGGAUAUCACCGGGCUGAGGAGGAUCCUGGACGAGCUGAGUCUCACCCGCUCAGACAUGGAGAUGCAGUACGAGGGCCUGAAGGAGGAGCUGGUCUUCCUCAACAAGAACCACGCGGAGGAGCUGGCCGUUGCAAGGACUCAGGUCGGUGGGCAGGUCAAUGUGGAGGUGGAUGCGGCGCCCUCUACAGACCUUAACCUGGCCAUGCAGGAGAUCAGGGAGCACUACGAGGCUGUGGCCGCCAAGAACCGCCGCGACCUGGAGGCCUGGUACCAGACCAAGAUGUCCACAGUGGAGCAGGAGGUUGUCACCCAGAACGAGGGCCUGAUGCUCUACCGCACCGAGUUGAAGGAGCUCAAGAGCACCUUCCAGAGGCUGCAGAUUGAACUGCAGUCCCACCUCAGCAUGAAAAACUCGCUGGAAUGCACGCUGGCUGAGACUCAGGAGCGCUACUCUUGCCAGCUGGACAGCUUGCAGGCUACCGUGAGCGGACUGGAGGCACAGCUCAGCCAGCUCCACGCCAACAUCGACAGAACCCGGCAGGACUACGACCAGCUGCUGGACAUCAAGACCAGGCUGGAGAGGGAGAUCGCAGAGUACAGGAGGCUGCUGGACGGAGAAGAGAGCGAAACUCAAAUUGUAACCAAGACCAUCACUGUCGUGGAAACCAUUGUGGAUGGAAGAAUUGUGGAAUCCAGCAAGACUGUCGACAUCGAUGUGCAGUCGGAUAAUGAUGAUGACUAAGUAUAAGCAGAAAAUUCAAUAAAGUGGCUCUGCUUCAAUACCUAAAAAA